UUUUAAUUGUUUGGAUAUUAAUCUUUUGAGCCUUGUAUUCAUAUUUCUCGCUUAAUAGAUUAAAUCCAAGUUGAAACUACACAUUUAUACCAUUCAGUAAUAAUUUUCAAAUUUAUAACUUUUCUUUUCUCAUCAAGAUAUUAUACCGAUUUUUAUUAAAUUUCAUCUCUUUUAUUGGAUUCUCUGAAUUCUGUUCUCAUUUAUAUUGGUCAUAUCAUACCUCACAUCUUUGUUUGUUUAUUGGACACACUUUUAAUAUUUUCAAUCCUCAUUUUUAUCUGUUUAAACAUACAUUUUGUAUCUGAGAGGAGAUUUUUAUCCUUCUGCAAUUUUUAUUCUUAUGGUUAUUCUUGUACUGUAAUCCACCUUCUAUAUUAAUUUAUUCAAUGGCUGGUGGAGGCGCUCUCAAUAAAUUAUUCCCAGGUUAUAAAGAUAAAAUCUGGAACAAACUUCCCCUCACAGUGAGACUUGGUCUAAUAAACUCAUGGAACCGUAAACUCAUAUCAUCCGUACACCGAGAAUCUGUUGUAACAAAUGGUAGGGUAAAGAGCUUUAAUAAGUAUGUGCUUGACCCGCUGAAGCCCGGGUACGCAUAUAGGUCACCUGCCAUAGACUAUAAGAAGCAGAGGGCUAGAGGAACCUUGAUUGAGGGAGUAGACUAUUACUUGCCAACUUUAGGGGCACAAGAGCGUCUAAUGAACUUUUUCUCACCAUACACAGAAGAGGAGACCGCAAAACGUAGUCGUUACCGUUACCAGAGUUUAAAAGUGUAUAUAUUAACAGCUCUUGGAGUGACAAUUGUGUAUAACUAUUUACAACGCAGACCAAUAGCUUGGUGCUCAAACUUAGAUCCCCCAACGCCACCAGUUUACCCAUUUUGGUUCAAAAACGUACUUCACGGACAUGACAUACCAAGUGUUCGUAGAGGAUAUGAGGUUUACAGACAGGUUUGCGCAACCUGUCAUUCACUUAACUACCUUAAAUUUCGACACUUGAUUGAUGAGGUAUACCCACUGGAGAAGGUAAAGGAAAUUGCGGCAGAGUACGAAAUUGAAGAUGGACCAAAUGAACAAGGUGAAAUGUACUCAAGACCAAGGAUACCCACUGAUCCAUUUCCAGCUCCAUAUCCAAACUCUGAAGCAGCAAGAUAUGCCAAUAAUGGAGCAAUUCCACCAGAUCUCACACUGAUGUCAAGUGCCAGGAGAAAUGGGCCGGAUUACAUCUUCUCUCUCCUCACGGGUUACUCAGAACCUCCGGAAGGCUUUGAACUGAGACCUGGCCUGCACUUUAACAACUACUUCAAUGGUGGCUCAAUAUCUAUGGCUCCACCACUUGAGGAUGGGAUGCUCGAGUUUGAGGACGGAACACCUGCAACGGUUUCACAGAUGGCAAAGGAUGUCGCCAACUUCAUCACCUGGACCUCAGACCCUAUGCACGACGAGAGGAAGAACUUGUUCUUCAAGUUCUUUGCCGGAAGCACUCUUUGCGCUAUCGUAGUAUCUAUGUGGUACAGGUUCUUUUGGGCCCACUUCGCCACCAUGCGCUGGGACUUUAAGAAAUUAACCAAAUUUAAAUAAUCUCAAUGUUUUAAUAUCAUUUGCUAUGUCUAAUGUUUUUUCAAACAUUUAUUAUACAGAGUCAAUAAUUAAGUAGGAUCUAUACUUUGGA